UAUUUAUGUACAAGCCAACCUCCUCCGUCGUGCCGAAAGAGAGAAAGCAGGCCAAAUGGGGGAGUGCUAGCGAAAAAAUAACUAUCAAUGUGAUUGAAAGGCAUACUGGCCUUUGUACGUCCUAUAUGACAAAUGAUUAGUAGGCCUAAACCUUCACGGAAUUACUGUUCUAAUUGUUUACAUUUAUAUUCAAAGAUGGCGAGAUCGUGUCAAAGAAGACAACCGAGAGCUUGAGUUAUUGGUUAUUCGGACACGGAACUUGGAACACCAAAGGUGAAAAAUGACAGAAUACAAGCUUGUGGUGGUGGGAGCUGGUGGUGUUGGAAAGAGUGCCCUCACGAUUCAGCUCAUUCAGAAUCACUUUGUGGACGAAUAUGACCCCACCAUAGAGGACUCGUACAGGAAGCAGGUGGUGAUCGAUGGGGAGACGUGUCUGCUGGACAUCUUGGACACAGCAGGUCAGGAGGAGUACAGCGCCAUGAGGGACCAGUACAUGAGGACCGGGGAGGGCUUCCUCUGUGUCUUCGCCAUCAACAACACCAAGUCCUUUGAGGACAUUCACCAUUAUAGGGAGCAGAUCAAGCGAGUGAAGGACUCUGAGGAUGUGCCCAUGGUGCUGGUGGGGAACAAGUGCGACCUUCCCUCACGGACGGUGGACACCAAACAGGCCCAGGACCUGGCGCGCAACUACGGCAUCCCCUUCAUCGAGACGUCAGCCAAGACCAGACAGGGUGUUGACGACGCCUUCUACACAUUAGUUCGGGAAAUUCGAAAACACAAAGAGAAGAUGAGCAAGGAAGGCAAGAAAAAGAAGAAAAAGUCCAAGACAAAGUGUAUACUUAUGUGAAUAAUGCUUCCCUUUACAGUAUGGCAACAGAAGAAAUACGUAUGUUCAAGAAAAACAUUUUGUACAUUAUACUAAAUUAUAAAUAGCUUAUUCUGAAUACAGUGCAGCAAGGAAUCCCUUUCUCUUCCUCUCCUGAAAUGCUUUCUGGACGCAGAUAAGCUUCAUUUCCUCUUUUGUGCCAGUUGCCCUCAAGUGUUGGUCCUUUGUCACUGUCUCAGCAUUGUUAGAUUGGAGUGGAAAUUAAUUUUUAUUUUGUUUUUGUUUGUUUUUGAGUGGGAGUAGUCAAGAAUGUGUUCUUUUUACUUGUGUUAGAAAAGAAAUCAACACUUAAGCUGUAACCGCACGAACACACCAAUCAUGACAAGAGCGACAACGGCAAUGGAAGUAAUUGAGUUUGUAUAGAGGACCUGGCAACAAAAAAGACAAAUGCGAUAAGGGCGACAAAAGGCGAUUUGAGCGACACGAAUGACAGUUAGUCGUUGAACUUCAGCAAAUAUUAUGGUAAUGAGCUAUGAUCAGUGUUGCCAGAUGUGUCUGAUCAAAUCCCGCCCAAAAGGUUCUCUAAAACCGCCAAAAUGUGCUAAAUUCCGCCCAAUUUCAACAAAUUGUAAAUUUUUCCCAUUUUCACCCGCAGACGGCCAUCCCAAGCAGCCCAAUUGAGCGGGUAACCGCCUAAUCUGGUAACACUGGCUAUGAUGUACUGUAGUUUGACAGCAGCCGUAGCAGCCAAUUGGAAUGUUGGAAAGCUUGCAUUCUGCUUUAACAGUCAGACUGACACUUUUGACGUUUGUGUCAUUCUUGCUCUGAAAACAGUCCAGUGACUCUUUGCAGCAUUGGUCUCGUGGUGUGUUCGUGCGAUAACCGUUUGAAUCCCUGUGACUGUAAAAUGGGUAUGAAUGGAUUUUGUGUCAUUUAAUCUGAACCGUUUGUUUUAAAGGCAAGGACGAACUGCAUUUAGUAAGUCUGAACAUGCAACCAUAACAUAUUGGAGAGGACCAAUACUUAAGUGGGCUACAUUCCUACAUCCUUAGCACUGUGUACUUGGAUACUCCUGGUUUGGGGAUGAAUGUCAUGGACUAAUGACUAUGACUUGCUGUUCUCAGUUUGGAACUUUGAAGUCUUUUAUCUUUAUGUUUUUGGGGUGGUGAUUCCUUUUUUUUUUUUUAAGCAAUUCCCUGCUG